CACUGGCGUCUCCCGAAAACCUCCCCAUCUCAGCCUUGCCACUAUUACACAUCACCAAAGCGAUAAUUGGCAACAAGCAUAUCACCAAGCGCAUUUCCAACUACACACCUGCGCAAAGCUCUUCAUCACCACAGAACAAGUCCGCCUGCUAUAGCGCACUUCGUCACAGAAGAGUUCGCACACCCGCUGAGCCACCGCAGCCGAUUUCGAGUCGUUGACGCUUCUCGCCUACGCGCCACCCUUUGCGAUUGAUUGACAGACACGACGUUAUCUCGACAUAUACUACAUACAGCUCUUGCCACAACGAACAACGGCCUAGCUGGCUCCGCCAGCGUCCGCAGCAGCCAUGGCGAAUUCUAACCCCUCCACACCCGUCAAAGUGCCCUCGUCGGCGGCAUCAUACAGUAACGGCGUCCUCGACCCCGACAUGCGGUCCCAGAUCAACACAAUCCUCCUCAGUGACGGACAUGCUACAAAAAUCCAAGAAGCCCUUCUGCACUCCUUGCAUGCCUCCCCAUCCAACUGGCCGACCACCCUGCGCAGCCACGCCCUGUCUCUCCUACGGUCGGGCGAGAUAUCCACGUACCCCGAGCUUCUCCGACGUGUUUUGUCCGACGUGCGCGCCGAAUCAGACGUCUCUGUCCAUCCUCCACCAAGCACCAACGGUACCAACGGCGAUAAGCCGAAACAGGCAAAAGGCUCCAACAGUGACAAGGUCAGCCUGGCGAUUCCACAACACGUAAUAGAUGAGGCGCUACGCGUCACCCGGGAGAGUCUAGAGACUGUCUGUGAGGUAGACGAGAAUGGCAACGUUUGACGGUGCGGCUCGCCGCGAGCGAAGGCGGUGAGCGAGACGGAGGGGGACUCCAAGGACUAGGUGCGCGUUGGAGAGAGAUAUGAACAUGGAGGUUAUAAUGGUCCCUGGGGGGCAUGGCUAUUGAAACUCAUCGCUCGAGCAGAUUGCACAGCUGACUGUAUGGAGCCCGCUGCGUGAAGAGGAAGAUGACGCUGGCACGGCUACAAACGACCCGACACGAAUUACACGAGAUAUCAACUGUCCAUAGCAAUCGUCUUUCUAUGGACAUACAUGAUGGAGUUAUGUUUGCAAG